AUGUCUCGGUUGAUGGAUGAGGUGGUUCCAGCUCGUCUUAGGAACGAGGUAUUUGUGUAUUUGGAUGAUAUCUUCGUGGUCUCUUCUAGUUUGGAAAGCGUGAAGCGUUUGAUCGGACUGCUCUUCAAGAUAAAGAAUUGGCUACCUGCCCCAUACUAUCUGUUACUGAGAUCCUACUUGUCGAAGAGAUGCUUCUACGUUCAGCAGAGAAAUGAUACAUCAACACUAUUUCUCAUAAACGCAGGCGUUCCUCAAGGGAGUGUACUAGGACCAGUCCUCUACACUUUAUACACGGCAGAUAUGCCAGCAACAAACAACUGCACCAUUGCAACAUAUGCUGACGAUACAGCCAUUCUGGCAACUCUCGAGACGAAGCAUCUCAAACUGUUGCAAAAGCAGUCCGCCUUGGCCCGGGAGGAUACCGAUAGACGACGUCAGGGUACACAUUCAGCCCCAAACUGCUGGGGACCGAUGCCGAGCGGAACCAGUCCUUGUCAAGCCAACACGAGGUUGCUGAAAGAACUGGGCCCGGCUGGUGUGACAGUCCUGUGGGCGUCGUUUAUGGAUCUGUGGAUGGUUUUGAAGACGACCUCCCGGCUCAUGGGUGUGUCUUUGGAGCGCAACGUUGCCGUGCACACUCUUGCGCCACCGAGUAAUGGAGAGCCCAUGGCCGAUGCCAUGACUCGCUGA